AUGACUCCUUCAGAGGAUACGCAUACCAGUCAUGGCGCCUCGCGAUCAGAGCCCCAUGCCUCCUCCACCACCUCCCAACUCUCCAGUGCUCAAACGCUUUCAGAACUGAAGGCGAAGAUAAAAGCCGGAUUGAAGCAGUACCCAGAUUUUCCCAAAAAAGGAAUACUAUUCGAAGACAUCUUUCCUCUUUUCUCCUCUCACUCGCUACAUCAGGAUCUCAUCCGAGCCUACGAGCUACAAAUCUUCGAGAGUUUUGGCCCUGCCAACAAACCAGAUGUGAUUGUCGGCCUUGAUGCCAGAGGUUUCCUCUUUGGCCCGACAUUAGCUCUAAAAUUCGGGGCAGCAUUUGUGCCGGUCAGGAAAGCGGGCAAGCUUCCUGGUCGACUCGAGACUGCUACCUAUGAGAAGGAAUAUGGCACCGAUACCUUUGCUAUCCAAGCGGAUGCCAUACAACCUGGUCAAAAGGUCUUGAUUGUGGAUGACCUCAUCGCAACCGGUGGUUCAGCCUCUGCAGCUGGUACUCUGGUCAACAAAUGUGGCGGCACUUUAAUCGGCUACAUCUUCAUCAUUGAACUCACCUUCUUGGGCGGCCGAAACAAACUCAACGCCCCGGUAUAUACGCUAACCGAAAGCCAGUCUGAAUGA